AAUUUUUAAGAUUAAAAUAAAAAGUCAAUAUUUUAUUUAAUUUUUAAGAGAAAAGUAUUAAGAAUCAAGGAUUUAUGAAGUCAUUAUUUAUUAUUUGUACGGAAACUUUUUUAAAACUGUAUUUUAUCAAUAUAUAGAAAGAUCGUUUUAUUCAAUGGAAUUUGUUUGUUAUGAAAUUGAUAAUGAGCAGCAAUUUUGGACAGGUUGAACGAGAAAAUAAUAGAAAUUUUUAAAAGUGUUUAGUAAUUUUGUUCAGAAUUAAGCGAGAUCUUAAUUUUAAUUGAAAAAACACAAAGAUGUGUGGAUAUUUGUAUUAAAAAUUUUUUGAAUUUUACAACGAUUUAUGGAGGUUUAUUAUAUUAAUAAUAUCUAGAAACAUAUUAUAAACAGUACUAGUUAAUAAGUAUUUGAAAAAGGAUUCGGAUUAUGAAGCUUGUUGUUACAAAUUUUUGAAUUCUGAUAUGUUUAUAUCUAAUAAAGAUUAUACUCGUUAUCAACUAGUAAUAAUGAUAAACCAAGAAGAUAAGCUUCAAUACUUUUAUAUUUUGUAUUGGCUUUUAUUUUUUGAUGCACAAUCAUAUCCACAAACUUAUAAACUUAUAAAAGAUAAAGGAUCAUUUCAAUCUUUGAUUAAUACUAUCUGGAAACACUUUCAAGAAUUUCCAGAAUUACAUAAACUUGGAUUAAAGCUUCUUUACGAAAUAUGUAGAGUACAUCAGCUUACAUCUGAAGAAUUAUUUUUUAUACAUGAAGAAUUUCUUUGUUUUAUUUUUGAAUUAAUCGAAAAAAAUACAUAUUAUGAGGAUCCUUAUACUCUUUCUUCUAUAAAGCUUAUUCUUAUCAUUAAUGAACAAUAUAUUAUAAAAUCUCUGCCUUCUCAUUUACAACAUUCAUCAUAUGAAACACUAAGGAGCAUUGAAAAUGAAUCUCCUAUGAAUCUUGUUAUGGAUAUUCUUAAGAAAAAGGGGAGUCUAUAUAAAACUUUCGGAGAAAAUAUAAUAUUUAUAUUAAAUAGGGAAAAAGAUAUAUUUCUACAGUUUUUGAUUUUAAAGCAACUAUAUCUUAUAUUUACUACUAAAGAAACGCUUGAAUAUUUUUAUACAAACGACCUGAGAGUUUUGGUAGAUGUCUUCAUUCGAAAAUUGUAUAAUCUUCCUGAAAACAAUAAAAAGCUUUAUCAUGCUUAUCUUCGCGUGUUUUAUUAUUUACUUAAAAAUACUCAACUAAAAAAUCCACCUUAUUAUAAACAAGAUCAACUCCAGAAGCUAUUUCAAGCCUUAAAAGAAUCUAUAAAAUAUCAACAUAUUAAACCUGCUAAUUCUAUCACUGAAAAAUUAUUAUUGAGAUGUAUUAAAAUAAGCUGGAUAAAGAACAAUGAAUUAGAAAAUGAUAUUUUGUUUUCUACCAAUUGGAACAAUGAAUCAAAUAGCAGUUUUAUAGAGGCUUCUACCAAUGAUCACUAUAUUUUUUCUAACUCAAACAAGGUAUAAUUAUUUAAGAAUUAUAUCAACACAAUACUCUAUAGAAUAUAUAUAUUUAUUUUCCUUUAAAUAUAUCUACG